AUGAGAAAGUAUUUAAUAGCAGCACUUUUGCUUUCUGUGGCAACUAGCACGGUAAUUGGAGAAAGAGAUGAGAUGGUUGGAAUGGGGAUGGCAAUGGAUGACAUAGAAGAAGACGAAAGUUCGAGUUCCGCACUCAAUUCCUCUACUACUUUGUUACCUGUACCUCACCGGGUUUCUAGCCAUCAUGGUGUUCCCAUAUUGCAAACACAUCUAAAACCCGAAGAGAGAUUGUUCUGGGAGGCAUACAAUACCACUACCUUCUUGACUGAUGAUUAUUCUAGCAAGUUCAAUCUUUACGUCCAUAUUGCAACAAUUCUUCUCACAACUAUAUUUGUGUACCCAUUAUCAAUGGUAGCGAAAAAUGCUGGAAUGCCAAAAUUUCAUAUCCCACUUUUCAUUUCCCACUGCAUCUUAAUGACUAUAUCUUUAGUUGCGUUAUCUAUAUAUGGAACUACAGCCCCAACUGACUUAUAUCCGGGAAAUGCUUAUAGUAAGAUGUCUUGGAUUUUAGCCUUUGCCACAGGCGCGCACUUAAUUUCUGCAGUGAUAUACUUUGGCACUAACUCAUCGCCAUCCUCCCAGUACCAUAAAGUAUAUAGCUCGGAUGAGGAAAGUUCUCCUGUCAAUGGAAGUAGUAGUAAUCAUUCUUCUGGAGAUUGGGAGCAUUCAGAUAGAAUGGAAAUCAGUCGCUUAAUGGAUGAAAAAUUUUCCACUUUUAGAAAUUUCGGUAUCUUUUCCAAGAUUGCACAGAACUCCAUCUCGCAGAAAAUAAUUUCCAAAUUGGAAAUUGCUGCAAAUUACAUCGGAUUAUCUAAUACUAUAAUCUUUAAUUUAUUGCACUGGGGACUGUUUUUCUUUUUCUUGGUGUACAUCCCAACUGGUGUGGCUACUGUGUUUUUAUUGGGGAAGGGGGACACGGUUUUCAAUAUUUUGGCUCAUUUUAUUAAGGGUGGUGUAUUUUUCUCCUUGGGUUUAUUGUCACUUGCAAGAUAUUGUGGAGCGUUCAAAGGAAAGGGAUGGGCAUGGAAUUCCGUAUAUUCAAGAUCUUCUUCUAGAAUCAUUUCAAUGGAAAUGGUUGAAAGUGGACUUAUCUUGUUCUAUGGAUGUACCAAUAUCUUUUUGGAGCAUUUGGCAAAUCCAGGCGGUGAAUGGUCGGCAAAGGAUCUCCAACAUGUAUCCAUUGCGUUUAUUUAUAUUGGUGCUGGGCUCUGUGGUGUCAUCACCGAAUUAAAGUUAUCUGUGUGGAGAGUUCAGCAUGGAAUUGAAAAAUUAGUUAAAGCUCAAAAAGAAGAUACCUCAAUUUCAGAAAUUGAUGCAGCUGAGAUUACCAAUGCAUCACCGGGAUUUUCACCAAAUCCAUUCCCUAUCUUUACCAUUUUCUGGACGGGAAUUUUAAUGUCAAAACACGCUCAGGCAUCCGAAUUGUCUACGGAAAUUCAUUCACAAUGGGGUAAUUUAUUGGUCUACGGGACCGUAUUUAGAUUCAUCACUUAUUUGAUAAUGAUGUUUUUACCAGCAUCGCUUAAAAAUUUAACAAAGCCAACAAAGCCAAUCACUGAAAUCAUUACAAGUUUUGCAUUAUUAUGUGGGGGACUUGUGUUCAUGGAAUCGUGUGAUCCAGUUAUUUUAGCUUUGGAAUAUAGAGGUUUCACUGCAAUGUUCACCCUCAAUUUAUCAUUGGGUUUCAUUGCAUUAUUAAUGGCAUGGGAAAUGACUCUUUUUGCUCUCAAGGAUUGGUUGGAAGAAAGAAAGGAAAAGUUGGCAAGCUAA